CACUGGAAGCAGCUGAGUGUCAGGGGCAGAGAGUAUACUGGACCUCAGCAAAAGCUUCCAAAGCACUCGAGCUUCCAGAAAGAAAAAAACGACUGAAAAAAAAAAAAAGCGGAGCCCGUUCCCCUAAAGCCCUGGUUUCCAAUAGUCUGGGAUCCUUCCGGAGCACUGCGGAGGCGCAGUUGGCCGAGGCUGUGGCUCACACCCGGACUUGCACAGAUGCUUUUUCUACUUUCGGGAGGAGGGAGGUGAAGGGACUUGCAGGCAAGAGUUGCACGUGCUCUAGGAACCUGCAGAGCGGAGAACUCUGGGAAGCAGGAGGACAGCGGCCCCCGAGAGGACCAGCCACCCUCUGACCAUGCCCCGGUGAGGGGGCGGACUUCGAGGGCAACUUGUCGCGGACUGCCUGGGCUCAGCCAGCGAGCUGCGAGCGGCCGGGGGCCCGGAACGGCGCGGCGCGGCCCGGCGGGGGGCUAUCGUCUAUGUCUUCUUGGGGCGCCCGGCGGAUCGGGGUCUCGUUUUUGCAGAAAGAGCCCGGCGCUGGUGGCUUCAGGUGGCUGCCGCCGCCUCCGCUGGUGUUGUUUCCGCCACUCAGGCUAGAAGCAGAGACCGUUGAGCGGCGAGACCUCCGGGGCAGAGAGACAUCGGACAUGUGUCAGCACGUCUGGGGCGCACAUCCGUCGAGCCCGAGGGGAGAUUUGCCAGAACAAUUCAAACUGCGAUAUUGAUCUUGGGGGUGACUGCCCCUGGCCGGCUGUCCGGUGGGAGUCGAGUGUGCGCUCGCUCGGAAGUGUGUGCGUGUGUGUAUGUGUGUGUGCCGUGUCGGGCUCCCCCCGGCCCCCCGUUUUCCCGUCGAGUGAUGCACUUGGAAUGAGAAUCAGAGGAUGGAAAUAGUCUGGGAGGUGCUUUUUCUUCUUCAAGCCAAUUUCAUCGUCUGCAUAUCAGCUCAACAGAAUUCACCAAAAAUCCAUGAAGGCUGGUGGGCAUACAAGGAGGUGGUCCAGGGAAGCUUUGUUCCAGUUCCUUCUUUCUGGGGAUUGGUGAACUCAGCUUGGAAUCUUUGCUCUGUGGGGAAACGGCAGUCGCCGGUCAACAUAGAGACCAGCCACAUGAUCUUCGACCCCUUUCUGACGUCCCUUCGCAUCAACACGGGGGGCAGGAAGGUCAGUGGGACCAUGUACAACACCGGAAGACACGUGUCCCUGCGCCUGGACAAGGAGCACUUGGUCAACAUAUCAGGAGGGCCCAUGACAUACAGCCACCGGCUAGAGGAGAUCCGGCUACACUUUGGGAGUGAGGAUAGUCAAGGGUCAGAGCACCUCCUCAACGGACAAGCCUUCUCUGGGGAGGUGCAGCUCAUCCACUAUAACCAUGAGUUAUAUACCAAUGUCACGGAAGCUGCAAAGAGCCCAAAUGGACUGGUGGUAGUUUCUAUAUUUAUAAAAGUUUCUGAUUCAUCAAACCCAUUUCUUAAUCGAAUGCUCAACAGAGAUACCAUCACAAGAAUAACAUACAAAAAUGAUGCAUAUUUACUACAGGGACUUAAUAUAGAGGAACUCUAUCCAGAGACCACUAGUUUCAUUACUUAUGACGGAUCCAUGACUAUCCCACCCUGCUAUGAGACGGCAAGUUGGAUAAUAAUGAACAAACCUGUCUAUAUAACAAGGAUGCAGAUGCAUUCCUUACGCCUGCUCAGCCAGAAUCAGCCCUCUCAGAUCUUUCUGAGCAUGAGUGACAACUUCAGGCCUGUCCAGCCACUCAACAACCGCUGUAUCCGCACCAACAUCAACUUCAGUUUACAGGGGAAGGACUGCCCAAACAACCGGGCCCAGAAGCUUCAGUAUAGAGUAAAUGAAUGGCUCCUCAAGUAGGGAAUGAGGCCAAGAAGAAUUCCAUCUCAGUGAAAUGCUACAACUGUGAAUUGACAUAACCUAGAAUGUCCCCUUCUUUCUUCUCUUUCCUUCCCCUUCUCAAGCCUCAUUCACUCUUUGGAUUGGCCCUUCCUUCACGAAAAGAUCUGAAAAACCAUGGCAGAGGAUACACACACAUGCACACAUAAACAUAUCUACAUACAUACAUACACACUCACACAGCCUCCAAGAUGGGAAGUCAAGUUUUCAGAAAUUAAAGGCUCAUUCAUCAAAGGUCUUAGAAGAAAAAUAACCAGUUAACCUGAUUACAAUUUUGAUACUGCUUUCCUGAACUAAUAAAUCUACCCAAUAAGACUUUCAGCCUUUGUACAUACAAAACUUCUUCCAAAAGAGAGGGGAGAACACACAGCUUCAGCAGCAUCAAGCAGACUUGGUCCUUUGCAUCGAGGAAUCUCAGCUAGUGUCCUAGGAUGCUUGGAGGGUGCUGGCGGCAGGUGAACCAGGACAAAGUUGGCCAAGGACACUGAUUUCUAGAUUAUCAUUCUUCUGUUUACUCGACAAUUUAAAAAGAAAAAAAAAAGGACCGACAUUGAAGAGAUACGCAUUGUAUAUAUAUAUCAUCGCAGACUAUAAAGAGAUUGAAUUAUUUCCCCUUUGUCACAUAUCUCUAGUAGGAUUUGCCAAGAUCACAAUUGAUCCAUUUGCUGUUUCUUGUUUUCCAAAGGUCAUACAUUGUGUUUGGUUAUUGUUAACAGCUCAAUAAAUGUGUUUAACGGGUUAAUUUUAUUUUUCUGGCUUUGAUCUGUUCUACUUCCUUACAGGCUAAGCCCUGGCUCCAUGCAACUGCAUUCUUUGAUUUCACUUGUUCCUUCAUCUUCAUGUUUUGUUCAUUUGCAGCCGGUUUCUACUGAGUUUGUGGCAAUCAGGAAUGCAUUUGCUAAGCAAGUAUAACUUUAACUCCACUCCAUGGCUCAAUCAUUCAUCCGAGGUGAGCUUCAGCCUGAGACAGCAGGCGACAGAUCCCUUGCGUUUUGAAACUGCCAUCCCUCCCCUGUGAUGCUCCCUUGAAGGAAUGCACUUUGCCUUGUAAAUUCCUGGGAAAGGGGUGUCUUUUCUCUCCAGGUGCAGCUGGAUCUCACAAAGUACAAACGAAUGCCUUUCUUUUCUUGUUUAUAAUGGUCACUCACUGUGUUUGGUUACUG